AUGGCCGGAGAGAGCUCCAAGAGCAAGGCCAAUGGAGCGGCAAAGGGUGCCCUUCCCCUUGAUAUCGAUGGCCACAAUCUGCCUCCAUCGCCGGCGCCGAGCUCGCCCCGCAAUGGCAGGAAGUAUGCGCUCAUGACGGAGCUGGUCUACACGGAGAGCAGCGAUCAGUACAAUGCUAGCUCGGUGCCCAUCUAUCAGUCCGCAACCUUCAAGCAGGAGUCUGCUACUGGCGGCGGCGGCGAAUACGACUACACACGCUCUGGCAACCCCACACGAACACACCUCGAGCGACACCUCGCAAAGAUUAUGAACGCGGAGCGCGCCCUUGUCGUCUCAUCUGGCAUGGGUGCUCUCGACGUCAUUACCCGCCUGCUACGACCGGGCGACGAGGUAGUAACUGGCGACGACUUGUAUGGCGGCUCAAACAGACUGCUCAAGUACCUCUCGACACAUGGCGGCAUCAUUGUACACCAUGUGGACACAACAAACCCUGAGAAAGUGCGCGCAGUCGUGAACAAUAAGACGGCUAUGGUCUUGCUUGAGACACCCACAAACCCUCUGAUCAAGAUCUGCGACAUUCCCGCGAUUGCUAGCAUCGCACACACUGCGAACCCUACCGCCGUCGUCGCAGUCGACAACACGAUGAUGUCGCCAAUGCUGCUUAACCCGCUCGACCUCGGCGCCGACGUCGUCUACGAAUCCGGCACAAAGUACCUAUCCGGCCAUCACGACCUCAUGGCCGGCGUUAUUGCGAUUAACGACUCCGCACUAGGAGACAGACUAUACUUCACCAUCAACGCCUCCGGCUGUGGUCUCUCACCCUUCGACUCCUGGCUUCUCAUCCGCGGCAUCAAGACGCUAGGUGUCCGUAUGGAAAAACAACAAGCAAACGCCAUGCGCGUCGCCACAUUCCUCGAAUCGCAUGGCUUCAAAGUCCGCUACCCAGGCUUGAAGUCCCACCCCCAGUAUGAUCUGCACUGGAGCAUGGCGCGCGGCGCGGGCGCUGUGCUGUCAUUCGAGACUGGCGACGUGACCGUUAGCGAGAGGAUUGUGGAGAGCGCACGCCUGUGGGGAAUCAGCGUGAGCUUUGGAUGUGUGAAUAGUUUGAUCAGCAUGCCGUGCCGCAUGAGCCAUGCUAGUAUAGAUGAAAAGACGAGGAGGGAGAGGAAUAUGCCCGAAGAUAUCAUUCGCCUGUGUGUGGGAAUUGAGGAUCCAGAGGAUCUGUUGGAUGAUUUGAGCCGUGCUCUGGUGCAAGCUGGUGCUGUUAGCAUCACGCCUGAAGGUUUCCGUGCCCUAGCCACCGAGGAGCCCUCUUCAUCUACCGAGGCUGUUCCUGCACCUUCUGAGUCGUAG